AUGAAGUGCCUUUUCGCUUUCAAUAUCAUAUUUGUUCUAUUAGCUUUGGCUGAGGCUUGCUGUGAUCAUUACAAGAUUGGAGAAUGCUGUGGAAACGGCCGUUGUAACAUCUUUUGUUGUAAUUGUGAUGGAGGUUGCAAUCAAAAUUGUCAUACAGAUGUGGACAGCAUAAUCGACAACUCUGCAAAGAUACUUGGCGCUUUAAGAGGAAAGAGAGAAGUCUACCAAACAACAAACGCUUAUAGCCAGCGCCGUCACACCGCUAUCAAACGCUUCAGCGGAAUGGAUGAGAACGCUGACGGAUACAUAACGAUAGAAGAGGCACACCAAUUUCUCAAUGAAACCGUUGGAUUGCUUGAGUUGCUCUAUGAAAAGCAUCCAUCUUGGUUUGAGCAAAUCGAUACAAAUGGAGACAUGAAAAUUCAACCAUAUGAACUCGAUUGGCAUCUUGAUAAU